CAGUACCUGUUAGAGCGCGGGAUGGCCGGGUGCUCAGAUUAGAGGUGUCAGGGUUCCUUAAUCUGUGAGGGAGCGACAGACUGCCACUCACGCUGCUUCUGCACACCGCUCCCAUUCAUCGGCGGCGAAGGGGAGCGGAGCACAUUUGGUGUUGACGCGCGUCGGGGAAUUUCCCACUCUUUUUACAAUGAAUACCUGCAGGGUACAUGCCUGGGUGUUUCUGGUCCUAUUAUGGCAGAACGGGACUUUGGCAUCGCAGUUUCCCACACAGCUCAUGAUUAAAGAAUGGGUUGAUCAGAUACAGAAAGAGCUUGUCACCCUGGCAGACACAGCCACAGCUGGGAAGAGCCUCACUCAGAUUUUUCUGAAAAACAAGCACCUGUACAGUGUUGAGCAAAACGACGCAGAGGAGCUGGUGGCCAGAGCAGCCACGAAAAUUGAACAGCUGCUGCGGAAGAGAUCUGCUGCCUUGGAGAAACUGGCCACAGCUGCUGAGAAUUUCCAGAUGCAGCAUAACUGGAAAGAUGAGUUUGAGGGUGAUGAAAUAUCCUACUACAAUGCAAAGGACAAUCUGGAUGCAAAUGAGACAGAGGGAAGAAAAUACAGGAUUCGACCAGACUUUAUAGAGGAUCCAUCAUUUAAACGUUUGACUGAUCACAACCACACGGCUGUCCACAUCCCCACUGACAUCUAUGAUGGCUCCACCAUUGUGCUGAAUGAACUGAACUGGUCGGAGGCACUGGAGGACGUGUUUAGGAAGAACAGAGAGGAUGACCCAACCCUUCUCUGGCAGGUGUAUGGUAGCGCUACGGGCCUGGCUCGCUACUACCCAGCUUCUCCCUGGAUGGAUGCUCGCAAGACCCCAAGUAAAAUUGACCUGUAUGAUGUCCGCAGGAGGCCAUGGUACAUUCAAGGAGCUGCCUCACCCAAAGAUAUGCUAAUCCUUGUGGAUGCAAGCGGGAGUGUGUCUGGCUUGACUCUCAAACUGAUCAGGACCUCCGUCAGUGAGAUGCUGGAGACUCUGUCUGAUGACGACUAUGUCAAUGUAGUUUACUUUAACACCAGGGUGAAGAAGACGGCGUGUUUCGACCAUCUGGUUCAAGCCAAUGUGAGGAACAAGAAGGUGCUGAAGGAUGCUGUUCAGAACAUCACAGCUAAAGGAAUUACAAACUACACAAAAGGCUUUGAGUUUGCUUUUGAGCAACUCUCUACAACGAAUGUGAGUAGAGCAAACUGCAACAAGAUCAUCAUGCUGUUUACUGACGGAGGAGAGGAAAGAGCUCAGGCCAUACUGGAGAAGUACAAUGCUGACAAAAAGGUGAGGAUCUUCACCUUCUCAGUAGGACAGCACAACUAUGAUAAAGGACCCAUUCAGUGGAUGGCCUGUUCCAACAAAGGUUACUUCUAUGAGAUUCCUUCCAUUGGAGCCAUCAGAAUAAACACACAGGAAUACCUGGAUGUCCUAGGCAGACCAAUGGUUUUGGCAGACAAGCAGGCCAAACAAGUCCAGUGGACUAAUGUUUACCUUGAUGCUUUGCAACUGGGUCUGGUCAUCACUGGGACACUACCUGUCUUCAAUAAAACGAAGACCAAAGAUGACAGGAAUGGCGAGCACCAGAAUCAGUUGAUUCUUGGCGUAAUGGGGAUUGACGUGUCUCUGGAUGACAUCAAGAAGCUCACACCACGCUUCACAAUUGGUCCAAAUGGAUACUACUUUGCCAUUGAUCCCAAUGGAUAUGUCCUGCUGCACCCCAAUCUCCAGCCAAAGAAUCCUAAAUUCCAGGAACCUGUUACCCUAGACUUCCUGGAUGCUGAGCUGGAGAAUGACAUCAAAGUGGAGAUCAGAAGAAUGAUGAUCGAUGGUGAGACAGGCGAACGCACCAUUGACACUCUGGUUAAAACUCAGGAUGAGAGGUACAUCGAUAGAGGAACCCGGACCUACACGUUUGCCCCGGUCAAUGGAACAGAUUACAGCCUGGCUCUUGCUCUGCCUCCAUACAGUGAACACUUCAUUCAAGCUAAACUGGGGGACAACAUGAAAAAAGCUAUGUGUCAAGAAGCCAUGGAAACCAUACAGCAGGAGAGGUUUGAUGAGUUUGGUUACACCUACAUCGCUCCAAGGGCAUACUGCAAAGAGCUGAAGUUGUCACUCAACAACACCCAGUUUCUCCUCGACUUCAGCCAGUACAUUGAUAGGAACACUCCAGAUGCAUGUAAUGUUUCCCUGGUGAAUCGACUAAUCCUGGAUGCAGGUCUGACAGCUGAACUGGUUAAACUUUGGAACGAGCAGACAGUGGAUGGGAUAGUGGCCAGGUUUGUAGCCACAGAUGGAGGAAUCACAAGAGUCUAUCCAAGAAGUGCUGGGGAAGAGUGGACUGAGAAUCCUGAGACAUAUGAGUCCAGCUUCUACAAAAGGACCCUGGACAAUGAAAUUUAUAUUUUCACAGCUCCGUCUUUCAACCCAGAAAGCAGGGAGCCUGUUUCUGACUCAGGUAUUCUAGUGAGCAAAGCAGUGGACAUCACGAUUAACAAAGUCACGCUCAAACCCGCUGUGGUUGGAGUGAAACUCAAUAUCUCAUUCUGGAUGAACAGUUUCAUGAAUGCUACAAUGAAACUGAAUUGCAAGGAUGAGAUCUGUGGCUGUCUGAGGAAUGACAAGCAUGUAGACUGUGUGAUCCUGGAUGAUGGGGGAUUUCUUCUCAUGUCCAACCAGGAUGAGUAUAUCUCCCUGAUAGGUCAGUUCUUUGGCGAGGUGGACCCUGUGCUGAUGAUCAACCUGGUCAACACCUCCCUGUACUCCUUCAACAAGACCUAUGACUACCAGUCUGUCUGCGACCCAGAGAAAGACAGCAAGGCUGCAGCAGGACCCCGCUCAGUCUAUGUGCCUACCAUUGCAGACCUGCUCAGUAUUGGCUGGUGGGCCUCCACUGCUGCCUGGUCGAUACUCCAGCAGCUCUUCUUUGGUCUCAUGUUCCCCAACCUUCUAGAGGCAGCGGAGUCAGCAGAUGAUGACAUACCAGAUGCCAUGUUUAAGGAAAGCUGCAUCACAGAGCAGACUCAGUACUUCUUUGACAAUGAUGAAAGAUCCUACUCAGGUGUCCUGGACUGUGGAAACUGUUCCAGGAUGUAUCGUGCCGAGAAGCUGCCAAACACCAACUUAGUGUUCCUGAUCACUGAUGCCAAGGCAACGUGUUUGUCGUGUGACCCAAGGCCACUUCGACAGGCUGAACAACCCUCUGAAGGUCCAGAUCCAUGCGAACUGGCUCAGUAUCCCAGAUACCGCAAAGGGCCGGACGUGUGUUUCGACAACAAUGAAAACGAUGAGCCCUUGUGUCCAAUCAGCAGAGGUUCAACAUUGAGCACCACACCUCUCUUAUUGUUUCUGAUGCUGAGUUCAGGGAGGAUGAUUCUGACUGUGGAGGUGGGACCUGCCUAAGCCCGUGUCUUUGGCCAGUGCUUGGGCUCCAACUACUGCUGCUGUGGCUUGUCACAUCUUUACAACACUCAUGACCCUACACAUAGACACACACACACACACACACACACACACUCAUACACUUACACACUGAUCAUCAUCUCAUCAAACAAGAUGCCAGAAGACACUCCAGUUAUGCCAUCCAGGAUGUAUGCAAAGUAUUUGCAACAAGACAUUUCGUUUUCUGACGACAGUAUGAGCAUUUCCAUUUUCCAAUGCCAAAGGUUGCUCAUUCAUUUCCUCCUUGUCAUCUUCAAAAAUAGAGACACAUUUACUGUGCUCAGCUGCACUCAGUUCCAUGAUAUACUCCUUUAUACUCUCUUAUGGUGCAAGAGUAAGAGCUAACCAAACCCUUUAAUUCUGCCUCAUUUGUUUCUCUGAUUUAUUAAGCGGAGGUUGAAGAGUCCCACUAUGCCAACUAAAUAUCAUUCAAAGACUGUAUGUUCACUGACAGCAUUGAUUUGUGUAGUUGUCGAUAUUGUUUGUUGCUUAUUAUACUUAUUGCGUAUGAAUCAUUAUGCUGUAAUUAUUGUUUAUUUUUGCCAACCAGUGCAACUAUGAAGAAUAUCCCUUUUGUUUAAAUGUUUUUUAAAUGUACUGUACCUAACUAUUUAAAUCUUUUGUACUCAAAAUCAACUAGCAUUACAUGACAAGCUAGGUGUUGUAUUGUAGCAGCAUGUGCUCAGUACAGAGCUAAAGACAACACCAGUACUCUGACACCAAAGCUCACACAGUACCAAGAACCACAGAUACAAACCUACUAGAGAAUCUUCAGGCUAGUUUAUUUUAAGUGAUUCCUCACAUGUGGAUGUACUCCAGUAUUAAAGUUACAACAUUAGCUAGAUAGCUAGAUGGAUAGCUUAGACACCUCGCUGAGAAUUAAGUGAGAUCAUGUGAAUCAAAAUCUAUAAGGAUAUUACAAUUUCAAAUAUGUUUGUACUUGGUCUGACAGCUUUGGUUGUCUUCAAUUUGAUGCAUCAAAUUCCCAGUGCCUACAUAGUAGUUAUCUGAAUGAAACAAUGAGUCAGAGUUGUAUUCUUACCAUGUACUGUAUGCGUGUAUGCUAAUGCUUUCUGCAGUAUAGCAGAGCGGGUAGUAGUAAUAUGUUUUGAAUUGGGCCAAAACUGCUGCAGUUAUUCUAAUUUAUUUGGUCAAGACAUCAGUAGAAACAGCCAGUGAUUUUGAUUGUAGUGGAGGAAUAUCAUGUUCCUCCAUGGUCAAAACAAACCUAAACCAGACUUGAGCUUUGCGUUCCAACACCUCUCUCUUUUAGUCCUAUUUCUUUUCCCUUUCUGGAUCGCCAAGAUGACUUGUGAAUGAGAUCAGCAUAUCAAAAUGACUGUUUCUUUAUAUUCUUCUUCUUGCUGUUCUCCUCCUUUUGCUUGUUUCCUCUUUGUUUUAGUGCUGUGAAGCAGACGCUGAGGGCUCGGUGUCGAAACGCUGCAAUGUCAUGGGAUGAGCUUGUUCUGUGUUUGAACGCUGUCUAAUGCCUAUGGUCAGCAUUAGGGCCUGUUGGAGAGAACUUUGAGAAUAUACUACUACCAGUGGUAAUUUUGCAUUGCCUCACAUUACCAUAAGUCAUAAAAAUCACUUAAGUGUUACAUUUUUCCUCUUUUUUAGCUAUUUUAACAAUUAAAGUUGAGUUCUUUCCACCUCGCCUUCAUGUUGACCUUGUUGAGUGUUCAGGUUAUGCCUGUCUAUCAAAGUUGUGUGUUGACUUGUGUUUUACCAAGGGGAUCCCGUGUCUAUGUGCAGGCAUGUGUGUGCCCCUCUGAUAUCUGAUUGUGCUUUAAUACUGUACAUUAAUUACUCUUUUGUGGAACUUGACUAGCCUGAAUACAUUUUGUAUACAUUUGUACACUAAUACUAUUUACUGUAUAAAAGAGAAAAAUGAAAGAAAAGAAAAAUGUUUAUAAUAUGGUGUUGAUUAUUGUGCAAAUAUAAUAUAUUCACAAUAAAAGUGUUGUAUUGUUA